AUGUCUUCCACUAAUGGAUGUAAUCGAAAUUUCGAAAAUGUGGAUUGUGGCGACGAAGUGAGGGACAAGCGGGGCAUCGCCCUUCAAAGACGUCAUGAGGAACAGAAUCGCGACAUGGAUAGCCCUCUAGGUCACCUGGAUCCAUCCAGAAUCACCCAUAUGGUUGUUGAUCGAGUUGGUCUUGCUGGUUCGGUCGUACAUCCGAAUAAUGAUCGUUUUUUGGUCCCAGGGCCACCUCAACAGCAGUGGCCUCGUUCAUCACCAGCUGCUAGUCCAUCCAUUAUGUCUCCACCAUCUAAAGUCAUGGACGGUUGUGGACAAAUGCAGCCGCGUAUGGGUACACCGACAAAUAUGCACGUGCAACAAGGUACCAUUGGGAGUCCAUCGGUCUGCAGUGCACCAAUGACACCCCAGCAACAGCAGCAACAACAAGGAAUUAUGCAAGGGCAACCGACUCCAACAGAACACUUUGAUCCGAGCGGAGGAUUCUCUUCACAGCAACAACAAAUACCGCAUGGGUAUCCACAAGGCAUUGCAGGAAGCUCAGGUGCUGUACAAAUCCAGCAACAAAUGAUGGUCGGUGGCACCGGUGGUCAAGGCGAUAGCCAAGGAAUGUAUGCUCGUCAACAGCAAAUGAUGGUACAACAGCAACAGCAGCAAAUGAUCAGUCAACAGCAGGCGCAACAGCAACAGAUGAUGAGUCAACAGCAACCCAUGAUGGGUCAGCAGAUGAUGGUACCGCAACAAAUGGGCAUAUAUGAUGGGUGGCAAUCCUCAGCAAUUUUAUCAGCAACAAGAUCCACAAGCGCAGUGGACGCAGCAGCAACAACGGUUCUCCUUGGUGACAAUAGCACGAUGCAGAUGCUCGAGCAUGAAAAUUUUGACGCAGGUAUUACCGAGAUGAUCGACCCAUGCGGCUUCGGUAUUUUCUCUAAGAUCGGCAUUGAUCAUAUGAUUGCGACAUCUGCCUUGGGAAUUAUGGAUUCGAUGGGCGAGUUCUACGAUGUGCCAAAAUUACCCAGCAUUGUACCU